UGCUUCAUUUGCAACUGGAAAUGACAAUGGCGGAGUGUUAGUGCGCUAUGGCCGGUCACAGGACUUACAGCCGCAGCAGGAGACCACAUGAGGUGAUGUGUAACAAGUCUGGAGCUGAACUGCUCAGCUGUUCAAACAACAGAGGACCAAACAUAACAUUUUUAAGGAGCUUUCUUUGACCAAAGUUUAAGGAGAGGGACAAUCAGGUUAAACUCGGAUUACUUUUAAAGUUUUACUUUACUUUUGAGCUCGAGACAUGGCUCUGUCCCAAAUAAUAUGCCUGGACGAUAACCACGUGAACCCGCGGACACACGAGUCCAAACCGGAGUUCCUGUACUGCGAGGACCAGCGGCUCGCGCUCGAGGCUUUCCUGCGGGAUGGUCGCGAGGGGUUUGUUAAGUACCUGGGGGCUCGUGGCCUGCGUGGCUUCCUCUCGGACCCGGAGCUGGAGACUCUUGCCGGGGCGGUGGAGCCCUAUGACCCGGGCGCGGAGCUCUUCCCGGAAGAUGCCGAGGAGGACGAGCCCCCGCUGUCAGAGCACUACUGGCCCGACCUGUCGGACAUGUCCAUCCCGCAGAUGGACCUGGGCUGGCCGGAGAGCAUCUCUUUUCGGGGGGUGACGCGCACUACUGUGUACACGCAGCCACCGCUCGAGGACCAGGUGCACAUCAAAGAGGUGGUCAGGAAGAUGAUUGCGCAGGCGCAAAAGGUAAUCGCAGUGGUGAUGGAUGUGUUCACUGAUGUCGACAUUUUCAGAGAUUUGAUAGAUGCUGGCUUCAGGAGGAAGGUUUCGGUCUACAUCCUGUUGGAACGCACAAUGCUACCUCAUUUUCAGUCCAUGUGUCAGAGGGCUGACAUGCAUGCCGGACACCUCAAGAACCUGCGUGUACGCUGCACAGACGGAGCAGAGUUUUACACUCGGUCCUGCACCAAGGUCAGAGGGAGAAUGGGGCACAGAUUCAUGUUCAUCGAUGGAGACAAAGCAGUGUCAGGGUCGUACAGUUUCACUUGGAUGUCGUCGCGGCUUGACCGAAAUCUCAUCACCGUGACUACAGGACAGGCAGUGGAAACCUUCGACACGCUGUUUCGCAUCCUUUACGCGACCUCCUCCUCGGUAGACCUCCGGCAGGUCGCCACAGAGCCUGAACCUGAGCCGGAGCCCAUUCCACAGCCGGCCCCAGUAGCCCCUCCUUCUGCUGAGGUUGUUAGAAAACUGUACAACCCCAAAUAUGCACUGGUUGCUUUAGGCAACCCGAGCCCCACCCCUUCAGAGGAACCCAAAGAGACCCAUAAUCCAGAGGAACCCAAGAGCCCAGAAACCAAGAAGCGGAGGCGGAGGGGGGCGAGUAAAGGAGCCAUACAGGAAGCUCCCAUCCACCCCGGACUCGCUGAUCUCGAGAAAGCAUGCUUGAUACCAUACCUUCCCACCUGGCCUGAGCCUGACCCCUCAAGUGAUGUAAUCGGGUUUAUUAACGUUCGUGACUCCAAAAAGCAGACUCAGGUCCAUCUACAGAGAUCUGAGAUGUUUGAAAAAAGCCAAGCGAUCAGGUUCAGCAGUCCAUUUAACAUGCCAAAGGAAAUCCUUCCAGAGGUAGCCAAGCCCAGACAGUUCACUGCCAAACAUGGGGAGAUGAAUAAACUCCAACCAGCACAAAAUAAAACCAAAGCUGAGGAGUCUGUGGCAGGCAGAGCUCAGCCAGCACAAUCCGAUGCAGCACCUGGUGACAUCAAAACUAAAGCAGAAACACCUGGAGAGAAAUCACCUGCAUCUGAGCCAAAGUGUGAAUCCAAAAAAGACACAACAAAGACUCUCAACACAGAGAAUGUAGUGCAUUCAAACACACACACUAACAAAGAUGUAGGCCAAAACACCACACCUCAGCUCAAUGCACACACACCUCAACAAUCCAACAACAAAGCAUCCACUCCUAACACGGGCACUACCAACACCCUCCCCGGACUGAACAGUAAAAAAGAAACUGAUUCAAACACACCACAUGCUGUUGUCCACAAGUCGCAUGCCCUGGAGACAAGCGGUACAAAGGCUGCACACCUGCAUAGUCCUGCUGAUGACACAGACUCACACACAGAGGUGACUGUUCACACGCAGCCACAAAACUCCUCUGAAAUUGCACCCAACAGCUGCACAUCUUCGUCUCCUACUUCUGUCAGCUCUGAAAACAAUCAUGUCUCCAUCACCACAAGCACGACUACAAGCACCUCUUCUCCUUUGUCCUCCAUCAGCUCCUCUUCCUCCAGUCCUCCUCUAAUUUCAUCUUCUACAACUCCCAAUCCACCCCUCCCUUCUUCCUUAGCAUCCCUGUCUUCAACUUCAACCCCCCCUGUCCCUAAACCUCGUACUGUCCAGCUCGUUAUCAAAGGCGGCAUCAGUGGCGAUGGUCAGAAGCUGCCAGAGUUCAGUGUUGUCAAGAGACCUGAGGUCCACAACGUAGCAACUGUGGCGCCAGAAAAAGUGCCAGAGACUGUCCCAGAACUGCAGGACAACAGUGAAAGCACGACAGGAGCACAGAAAGAUGCAGUAAAAUCUCCAAGGCAAAGUUUGACCUCCCAAGAGACAAAGAAUGAGGAUGCAGUUGAACAGCCUGAUGAAAGUGCAGGAAUGCAGUCAGUCGUUGGAAAUAACCUGGAAGCCAAGUCAGAUGUUUUGAUUACAGAUAUGCCGAAGGAAGAGAGUGAAAGUAUUCAAGAAAUAAUUCCAAAAGAUGUUGAGCCAAAGACUUUGACAUCAAUAGACUGCACACAGAUAGACGGUGGCGCAGCAGUCGAGACAGAGAUAAAGGCUCCAGAAAAAACGCUAACAGAUUGUGAGCUGACUCAAGUGCCAAAUGAAAAAAGUGAGAACGUGACAGAGCACAAAACAUACCUUGCGAGAUCACAUGUACCUCAGAGGAUAUCAUAUUCUGAGUUGACUCCACAAGAUGUGGAUGUAGAAUUUUUAAAAUCUCCAACACACAUAUCCAAAGACAGUGCAGCCGCAGACACACAAGGCCAGCAAGAUAACCCAAGUUUCAUACCGCCACACCACAUGGACAGCAUGCCAAAUACCGCAAAACAUAACACACACGCCUCCGUCCAAGAACAAAAUCCAAAAGCUCGAGGAAGCACACACACACCCGAAAGACCCCUGCGCUUGCCUCUCUCCGACAUCCACACGCCCGACUUUCGUUCACCGACGCCUGACAGAGAAUCGCGGUUGCUCACGGCUCUCGUGCGCACUCCGACACCAGACGGACAUCUGCCGCCCACCCCAGACUCACGAACACAUACGCCGGAUCCGCGGGCAUACACUCCAGACUAUCGAACUCCAACACCCGACGGGUACACCUCCGCUCUCUCCAACACCUCAGAGGAUUAUUACGAAUGUAGCGACUCUCCUUCCCAUGAGCUUGCUUUAGAAAGAGCAGCUUCCCGCAAUGACGAGGCGACGGAGGAUCAUGUUGGCCCAAUGCUCAAUAAUACUUCUAACGUGACAGCGAUCGCCACCAGUCCUGCAUGCAAAAAUUCGAACACUCGUGCUGCAUUAGGCACCACAGACGGGAAGACCUCCAGCAGUGAAACACUGAGUUUAUCUGGGCCUACUGGAGUCUCUUCUUCUUCUCCUUUACUUGAGAAGGAAAUGUUGGUGGAAAAGGAAACCGCUUUUGAAGAAAAUGGUAAAGAAGAGGAAGAAAAUGGGGGUGUGGCUGAGAGGACAGAGGGAGAUCACCAGGGGACGGAGAGGAGAGGCAAUGAAGAAGCUAAGAGGACAGCAGACCAUUUAAAACAAGGUGAAGAUUCAACAGAGACAGAAGAAAAAAAACAGGAAGUCCAACCCCAAGCCCCGAAGAGAAAGAAGGUGAUAAACCAAUCAGCAACGGCUGAGGGAGGAGUGACUCCAGGAGAAUUAACCAAUGAGAGAACAAAGUCAAGGCGACGGUCCACAGGUGACCUCCAACCAAAAAAGACCUCUGAGGGAAAGCGAUCAGACAAAGACAAAGUGGCAGUAAGACCCAGCAGCUUGGAUAGAAGAGACAGGCCCCGGACAACCAGGGAGACAGAUGGACAGAAGGUUUUGCAUACUCUUCCCAAAGUUGCACGAGGACAGAAGCAUGACAGUGGAUCAUCCUCCCCUUCCCGACCAACCAGACCCCCACAACCACUCUCAGGCAGCCAGGCCUUGGAGCCCCAUUCCUUGGAAAGCCGUCAACAGAACCAGGCAGAGAGCAAAGGGCUCCAAGGUAAUUCCCAGGAUAAUAACUCAUCUCCUCGCAGACCGCCAUUCAGACCACCUCCUCCAGCAGCAGCAGGUGCCGUUGGAUCUGCUGCAGGACGGAAGCAGGCAGAAGCCCCCCACAGCCAGCAGACCUUCCUCUCUCGACAGCCUCUAUCAUCGCAGAGCAGGAUGAGAGCUGGACAGAUGCAGAAUCAACAUCCCUACCCGAAACCCCAGGUCUCGUUUCUGCACACACACUCAAGCAGAGAGGUGCAACUCCAUCCUCGGUUCCACAACCAGAUGGUAUCACAGCAAGAACCACGUUGGCAGGAAGAAGGAAAGGGUCCAUUUAGCUUCACUUUUAGCAGGCUGUACAACCUGAAGGGCCUAAAGGAUAAGAUGAACAAGCUGCCAGCACAUAGCAAGAGAGGCAGCGCCAGCUCUCACGGCCAGGGACGCAAGAGCACGAGCUAGUCUGAUACUGUCAGUCAUCCUGGCAUCGAUUUUUUUUUAUGUUACUGUAUCGCAUCAAGCCAGAGGAAAUGCAAUGCAAAAGAAUUAAAGGAACAGUUCACCCCCAAAUCAAUGUAAACAUGAAUAGCGUUCACCUCGGCUGAGCUGUAACUUUAGUGAGCUCAGUAGUGCUCGGUGAGCUAGCAGUAGAUGCACACUUCCUUCUGUGCUUUGAUAUGGUUGGCACAUGGAAAGAAAAUAGUUCCUACAUGAAACUGCUCACAAUAAAGUCUGUGGAUUAUCUUGUAUCAACAGGUCAUAAUUUAUGGACAUUGCUGUUGCAUUUGUCAUAUGUCUUUUUUGGUGCUUUGAGCAUCACAAGCCAGGUGCCAUUUGUUUCAUUGUAUUUAAGAGAAGGUAGACAUUUCUACGGCCAAUAUCUCCAACACUUGACUUACACCAAAACAAUCUAGACUGAUUAACAGAACAACAGGUAAGAAAAAACAUAUGUUUUUCUUAGUUUCGGGUGAACUGUCCUUUUAAGGUAGAAAAAACUGUCUCCUUUGACCAGUUUUGUUUACUGUGAGAAAUGCCAGAAAUAACUGUUUUCAGAGCAUCCCUCCUGUGAGCACAUCAAAGACUUGGCUCUACAGCACCUUUUUUUCACCCUCGGGUUACUUCUUGCUGACGUUUUUAGUGAAGGUCUGAACUUUGACCUGUGACUCAUGAAUUGUGGGAUUGGCCUGCUCCUGUCUCAUCUGACAGAGGACCCACUUUAAGUCGUCUGCCACAUGACAGAAUGAAAAUGCUUCUGUGCAUGAUGUUGCUCAUUGCUGGACCAAACAAAGAGUGACUGGAUGGGUAGUUUUUUUUCUCUUGGAUUGUCAUUUCUAGAAAUGUCUUUCAUGUCGAAAAAUCCACCUGCUUUUUCUGACUGAACUCAGAGCUUUGAGCUUUAGGUGGUCGUGACCUCUGAUGCCGUCAGUGGCCUGGACAUCUGGAGCUGAACCAUAGCUGCCUCUUCUAAAUUAUAACAUGGUCUAGAAUGGUUUUCUUGUUGCUUGUCCACCCACCAGGCCAGUUAUUGAAUAGAUUAAUAAAAGAGGGGCUUUUAAAACUAUUUUCACAUGAAAAAUUGGAUAUUAAAUAUUGAAGCUGUUUAUAUGACCAUCAAAACUUGGUAGAUUUUUUUUCUGGCAGUAAUAUGGGAUCUUUGGUUUGUGCAGUCUGAAUGUGAAUUUGUGCUUCCAAUAUACAGUUUGAGUGAGUGGGAGUCAUUACAGUGCACAUUAAUUACGUUUGAAAUGGGUACUAGUUAGGCCUGUCACAGUAAUUACAUUUUUUUUUUUUUUUUAAAUUAUUAUUUAUAUCAGCCAAAAGCCAUCAAAGUCGUGUCCAUAUUGUACAAUAUUGCCCUUGUGUUUACAUACAAGUUUGUUUAGAUAAGAGUAUCACCAGCAUUUUAGCCAGAAUAAUAAGACUUGGACGCAGCGUCUAAGCGUUUUUCACAGCACCUAAGCCAAAUGAGCAUGAAAAAAACUGUGCUGAGACACAUAUUGGUCUCAUUUCUGGUUAUUUGUGUUUCGUUUUUGUUUUGUUUGUUUGUUUUUUCUUUCUUUUUU